AUGGCAUCACCCUCUCCUGUGCCUUGGUCGCAAGAGAAGCAGCGUCAGUUACUCUCGCGCGACGAUUACAUCGACCUGCGCAAUUUCCAGGACCAGCAGCUGAACGCCGAGUUCGCGUCCGUUCGAUGUUCUAUCGACCUCGUGCGGCAGGAGCUCAAAAACGAUAUCGGCCUCGUCAAGCAAGAGCUCAAAAAAGACAUUGGUUCUGUCAAACAGGAGCUUAAAGAAUUCAAGGACGACGUCAAGGUCCAGACCCAGCGCCUCGAAGCCCAGAACCAGCGUCUCGAAGCCCAGAUCCGUCAAUCCCAUGCCUACAUGCGGAACAACGCCUUAAAGAAUCCAUCUCUCCCCAUCCGCCCUGUCGUUGUGUAUCGCCCUGAAAAAGGCAUUCUCGAACCCGAACUUUCACAAUUUCCUCGAAAUGCGAACGAGUUCUAUUCCUUAAGGGAACCUCGAACGGAUCGGCACCGGUCUAUGUUAGCGUAUCUCGCUGUUUUCUACGAUGUUCGACUCAGAACUGCAGACUAUCCUUCAGAAGAUGAUGCUAGCGACGACGAAACAUUCCUUGACCGUCCCGAUAUUGUUGUUGAGAAGCUGGAGGACAUACUUGGCUUGAACGAAGAUAGAUUUGACAAGUUUAGGGAAAGGGCACGCCAAUUAGCAACGCAGUCCCCCUCGAAACCUAUCAAACGCUCGCAAAUUUUCCUCCCCGACGCGAAAUCGAUCCCUAGUCCACGCCGGCAGAAACUUGAGCUGCGUCCGACCGACGCCGGAGAUGAAAGGCUACUCAUUCACGACACCGGAGGCCGUCAGAGUCCCACAAGCGUCUCUUCAGAGGGCUUGACCAAUGCCCGUCUCGGAUGGGGGACCCGCUCAACCCCGUCCUCGCGACGACUCCGAAUACGCUGUUCUCAAGAACCCGAGCAUGUGCCUGUUGCACCCGGAUCCCAGCCUGAGGUACCGAAGUCUGAGACUGAGGCGACAGUUAGCGAUAGCCAGACACAUGCAUUCACGAGCUCACGGGAACAUUAG